UCUUGCCCUAAAAUUCUCCUUCAAUACAUAAAAAGCUUCCCUUCUGGAAAACCCCUCAUCGCUCUUUUCAAUUUUCGCCCCCCCUCUCUCUCACACAUCUUCCCAAAUCUACAAUCGGCGAUCCGAUCUGCAUAGAUUGAUGGCGUCGUUCGCGGAGGCUCCUGCCGGAAAUCCCACCGUCGGCGAGAAGAUCUUCAAGACUAAAUGCGCUCAAUGCCACACCGUAGAGAAAGGCUCCGGCCACAAACAAGGACCCAAUCUUAAUGGACUAUUUGGAAGGCAGUCUGGAACGACCGCUGGAUACUCGUAUUCUGCUGCUAACAAGAACAAGGCUGUUACAUGGGAGGAAAAUACACUAUAUGACUACCUGCUCAACCCAAAGAAGUACAUCCCUGGAACAAAGAUGGUUUUCCCAGGACUGAAAAAGCCACAGGACCGUGCAGAUCUGAUUGCGUACCUGAAGGCAUCGACAGCUUAAUUCCAUUUUAAAGUGCUUUUUCUAAUGACUUGAGGUAUAAGGGUAUGGAUAAAUUUGGAUUAUUAUUUUUCCGUGAAUAAGGGAAGGAGGACAUUCAUCCAUCGUCUUUCUUUUUCUCCUUCAUUUUUGAGAAACUGGUUUGUCCAAUUGGCAAAAAAACCUAAAUUGUGACCCUGGAGCAGAUGAAUGCAUUUCAAGUGUUUUCUUUCUUUAAACAUCAUUCAUUUUAUAUGAUUGUUGAACAUCUGAUAUAAACAUGGAAACAGAUAUAUACCUUAUUUAUUUCAUGAUGGUGGAGGUGGUUUUAUGGUCACUAAUAAGCAGGUAAGAAGCAAUUUAUGUUUCAA